ACAGCAACCUGCUGGAGCCCAAAGCACCUGCUUGGUGUGGGAGAGGAAUCUUUCCAGGAAAUAGGUAUAAUGUGAAAAUGCAUUUCAAUGCACCUCAUCGACCCUCUGAAGGCACCUGCAGCAUCAGCAUGGCUGCAGUCCUCAGGGACCUCCCUCUUUACUUGCUGUAACUAAUUGAUCUUAGUGGGCACUCCAUGCCUGGCUACAUUUUAAAGUCUAGAUUUUAAGGAUCCUAUGUAAGAAUGUAAAUCACUGUCAAAUAUUUUUAGGAUUUGUGACUGAGAUGGAGAGAGAGCUCAAUAUCCUUUUAGCAGUUUGCUCAGCUAAUGUUUUUGAAAAUCUAUUUGUCUAAAGGGCCAGAAAGAAAACCAGGAGGGCAGUAACUGUAAUAAUCACUGAAUUUGCUUCUGGAUUUUUUCCUUUUAUCUUACAAAAACAAGUGUUAUUGCCAAAGUUGACUCUGAGUUCCUCUCAGAAACUGUCCAUUGUCUCUUCCACGGGCAGUGCUGAAAUAUAAUGCAAAUGUGAGCAGUUAAAAUACCUGAAGAAGACAAAAUCAGAUUGGUGUAGUAACUCAGUGACGUUUCCCUCCCACCCUUCCUUACAAAUCACUGCUAUUUUAUAGCAAUAAAAGUCCUUUUAGAGUUUUGUAGCUGACUCAGAACUGCAAGAAGAAGAAAAGAAAAGAGGUAAUUUCCAAAGUGAAAUUAGCCAAAAAAUCAAACAUUUCCAAAGACACUUGAUUUCAUGCGAGUUCAAAGGUACCUUUUGGAUUUAUGCCAUCUAAAACCAAAAUAUCAAUACACAUUUCAGGACUGAUGGUCUUUUAAUACGCUGUGUUGAACUUUAGAAACUCUAAGCAAUGUUAUUGGAUUUUGUUAUGCCUAAAUUAGUAACUAGAAUCUAUUUUGGAAUGUAUUCUUCUGUUAAAACAAGAAUAGAGUUUGCAAAAUUAUUAAACUCUUGUAAUAAUCUUCAAUUGUACAGAUCACUUUUUGGAAACACGAGCAGUUUCUUGAAGACAAGAUGACAUUUACUGGCUUGUUUUUCUCCUGUACGCUGAUGAUCAUGCUAACAGAUGCCCGAUCCAUCCAGGAUGGAGAUGAUCUCUACCAGCAAGGCGCAGCCUUGCCAUACUGGCCCUUCUCAUCCAAUGACUUCUGGUCCUACGUGGAAUAUUUCCGGACCUUGGGAGCCUACAGCAGGAUCAAUGACAUGGCCAGAGCCUUCUUUGCCCAGUUCCCUUUUGGGAGCCACCUUGGCUACCACGUGCGUGACCAGGAGCGCUGAGUGUCUCGGCCAGCUUUGCCAGAGCUGCUGCCCAGGUGUUUGGGUGAGCACCUGUCUGCCAGAGAACACCCCUGGGCUGCCUUCAGCUGCUCUGUCAUGCCACGGUCAUGUGCAGCAUUUCAUGGCUUCAAUGAGUCUCUUUAUUACCAUUUCUUGCACAGGUGUGUCAGGAAAAUUAAUCCACAAACACCAGAGGUUUAUGUCCAAAAAGGAGACAGAGGAGUCCUUUUACUUUAUUCAAAUAAAGGGAAAGGCCAUGGGGCAUUUCCCUGGGGUAUCUCAGAUUUUUGGAGGACGAAGCCUCCUUUUUAUCCCAAUUUCCUGGCUCCGUGUCCCUCUCUCUUUCCCCAUUG